UUUUGUGAUGUCAUUCUGGACAAGGGGGGCAUGUUUGUUGGGGUUGUUUUUUUUCCUAUCGGCAAGAUAAAACUUUAUUCGGAACAGAGGGAAAGGGCGCUGGUGUUCCCGUUCUCCGAUUCUUCAUCCAUGCUUUAUAGACUAUCUGAGAUACAGUCUUCAAAGUAAUUGCAACUUAAGGAGCAGAUGUAAUCCUGAGUCUAAAUUUUUAUUUCAUUUUGGCACUUAGUCUAAAAUUUGAGAAGAGGAACGAAAGCCUUUUUGGGGUAAACCUAGAUAAUGGAGGGACUUCUACAUUAUAUAAAUCCAGCACAUGCAAUUUCUCUCCUAAGUGCUUUAAAUGAGGAACGUCUAAAGGGACAACUCUGUGAUGUUGUUCUUAUAGUCGGAGACCAAAAAUUUCGAGCUCAUAAAAAUGUCCUCGCUGCCAGCAGUGAUUACUUUCAGGCUCUGUUCACUAAAAAGGAAAAUGAGUCUCAAUCAGUGUUUCAGCUUGACUUCUGCGAACCAGAUACUUUUGAUAAUGUAUUAAACUACAUUUACUCAUCAUCCUUGUUUGUUGAGAAAAGUAGCCUUGCUGCUGUGCAAGAAGUGGGGUACAGUCUUGGAAUUUCCUUUCUUACUAACAUUGUUUCUAAAAGCCCUCAAGUUCCUUUGCCUGCAUGUCCCAUUAAGAAAAUACUUUUCCAAGAGGAAGAUGAAAGCAGCUCCCAGAAAAGGAGUGUCAUAGUUUGUCAGACCAAAAAUGAAGCAAAGGGAAAAAAUAUUGGUCAGGCCCCACAUGAUAUAAGCCAUAAACACUUGUCUUCAGUUGCUGUCAAAACUAAGCGGCCACAAACAACACAGUCAACUGAGUUUCUACAUAGUCUAUCACUAAAUGAAAGGAGAUGGUUGAAAGACAGUUCUUUAAGAUACUCCAAGUCCCAUGAACCUUCAGGUGCAUUGGAUAACCAAAGUAGAACUAAAAGGAAUGCAGUAUUGUCUCAGAAACCUUUUAUUGACAAGGAAGUGGUAGCAGAUGAGCCAGGAGGGAGUGAUCAGCUUCUAAGGGGAACAACGGCAGAAGUACCCCUGAAAAGGCCGUGUCCACCAGUGGUACCUCUGUGCAGCUCUUCAGAAUCCACAUUCUUGUUGAGAGAGACAGGAAAAGGAGCUAACCCUGGGGAAGACAGGAAUUUGCUAUACUAUUCAAAGUUAGGAUUAGUGAUUCCAUCUAGGGUAUCUGGUGCUGAAAACCAAAGUGUUGACAGGAGUGGACCACUUGUAAAAAGUCUCCUUCGAAGGUCAUUGUCCAUGGAUAGUCAAGUACCUAUUUAUUCACCUUCUGUUGACUUGAAGCCUUCACAUGGAUCUUCAAUAAUGAACAACGCACAAGGGAGAACAUUAAAUGUAAUAGCCCAAAAAUCAUCCAUGAAAGAAUCUUCAGAAAAGACAGCUCCUGAUGAUAAGGUAAUGCACCCACAUCGCCUUAGGUCCUUUAGUGCCUCCCAGUCAACAGACAGGGAGGUAACGUCUCCUCUUGGAGAAAUACGGAUAAAAACUGAACCUAGUAGUCCACUUUCAGACCCUUCUGAAAUAAUCAGAAUCACUGUGGGGGAUGCUUCAUCUGCCAAUAAAAGUAACCCUUUUAAAACCGAAGAUGAUGGUAGGGAUUUGAGUAGACUUCCAGCUAAAAGAAGGUUUCAAGCUGACAGAAGGCUACCCCUCAAAAAAAUUAAGGUGGAUGAACAUCCUUCCCCUGGGUCAGAGGAGAAUUUUGAGGAAAACUCAAAUCCUACACCCCUUGAUGCUGACUUCCCAGAUUCUGAUGUUAGCAAAGAUGACUAUGGUGAAUUGGAAGAAACAAAGUCUAACAAAAAGUUUAAGUGCAAACACUGCCUUAAGAUUUUCAGGUCAACAGCAGGCCUUCAUCGUCAUGUCAAUAUGUACCAUAACCCUGAAAAACCAUAUGCUUGUGAUAUCUGUCAUAAGAGAUUUCACACAAACUUCAAAGUUUGGACACAUUGCCAGACGCAGCAUGGAAUUGUGAAGAACCCCUCACCUGCUUCUAGUUCACACGCCGUCUUGGAUGAAAAAUUCCAAAGGAAAUUAAUUGAUAUAGUGAGAGAACGAGAGAUUAAAAAGGCUCUGAUUGUUAAACUAAGGCGUGGCAAGCAAGGUUUUCAGGGACAGGCUGGCUCGCAGGCACAAGUCAUCAAAAGAAAUCUAAGGUCCAGAACCAGAGGAGCCUACAUUUGCACCUACUGUGGGAAAGCAUAUCGCUUCCUGUCGCAGUUUAAGCAGCACAUAAAAAUGCACCCAGGGGAAAAAACAGUUGGAGGAAAUAAGGUUCUUAAACCCAAAGAGGAUGCUCCUAUUGAAAGCCCUGUAGAAAACAAAAAAGUUUACCAGUGUCAUCUUUGUAAUGCUAAGCUUUCCUCUCUUAUUGAACAGGGAAAUCAUGAGCGCCUCUGCCGGAAUGCAACUGUCUGCCCUUACUGCAGCCUUCGGUUUUCUUCUCUAGAGCUGAAGCAUGACCAUGAAAUUGCAUGUGAAUACAAGAAACUCACUUGCUUAGAAUGUAUGCGGACUUUUAAAUCCUCCUUCAGUAUUUGGCGUCAUCAGGUGGAAGUUCACAAUCAAAAUACCAUGGCUCCCACUGAGAACUUUUGUCUACCAGUUUUGGAACACAAUGGUGAAGUAAGUAGUGCUUCAAGACUGCAUUCUCAGUCAGAGCCCAACAAGGUGAACAAUUUUGUUACUGCCAAAGAAGACAGUGUAUUUAGUGAUUCCUCGGAACAAAUUAACUUUGAUUCAGAAGAUUCCUCAUGUCUCCCUGAAGAUCUUAGUGUUUCCAAACAGUUUAAAAUUCAGAUUAAGGAAGAACCUGCAGAUGAAGUAGACGAGGAGGUCUCUGAAGCCAGCCGGGAACCCAAGAAAGCAGUUGCUAAUAAAGACACUGGUUUGUGGCCCUGUGAGAAAUGUGGGAAAAUUUUUACUGUCCAUAAGCAGCUAGAGCGUCACCAGGAGCUUCUGUGCUCUGUGAAGCCCUUCAUUUGCCAUGUGUGCAACAAGGCCUUUAGAACCAAUUUCCGUCUGUGGAGUCACUUUCAGUCCCAUAUGGCACAAACUACAGAGGAACCUGCACGUAAGGAACCUGAGAUAUGUGUGCCAGCUAAUUCUCCAUCACCACCACCUUUGCCGCCACCUCCACCGCUUCCCAAAAUACAACCUUUGGAACCUGAUAGCCCUACAGGCAUGCCAGAAACCCCUUCAGCAGCUGAGAAAUUAUUUGUUCCACAGGAAUCGGACACACUCUUUUAUCAUGCUCCACCACUUUCAGCUAUCACAUUCAAAAGACAGUAUAUGUGCAAACUCUGUCAUAGGACAUUCAAAACUGCAUUUAGUCUUUGGAGUCAUGAACAGACACACAACUAAAAAAAACCAAACAGCAUAAAGGAUGCCUACAGGGAGUUUUUAAAAUCUGUUUAAUUUCCAUGAUGUUUCUGAAGUUUUAUAUAUUUGAGUUGAUGGGACAAGAACCCUCAACAAUUACCGCUGAAAUGUAAUGCUGCUUUGGAUGUGGAGAUUAAGGUAAACUAAAGUCUAUUAGUUGAGUAAAUUGGUCGCGUUUCUAGGUAUUAUGGUCUGGGAUCUCCUGGUAACUUCAUCCAUUAAAACCUGAUUUCAUCUUUCUUGUCCUGUGAUACAUGGGAUUAUAUUUUUAAAAAGCAACAGCAACUUAAGAAUUCAGAGUAAUGAGAUCUUGCAGCUAGUAUAUUGUUUUUACAGAGAGUAAGUUGCUCAUGAGCUCCAUAUAAAUAUUAGUCAUUCAUUUGAUGUUGGGAGAAGAAAUGAAUUGAGUGCUUUGCUGUGUUGAUCUUGAUCAUAUUGAACAUUAGCAAUAACAAGUAAAACCUUGUUUGCAUUAACUUGACUUUUAUUGAAAACUUUGAUUAACAUGCGGUUGUUUUGUUACCAGAAUUUUCUGUAUGAAAAUUGUACAAGAUACAGUACAAUUUAAGGUUAGCAAUAUGUGAAUAUUUGAAUUUUUUAUAUACAAAGUAGCAGCCAGCCAGCCUCCAGCCAUUUAAAAAACAAAGCAGUGUAUCUUUGUUCUGAUACCUUCCUUCAAAAAGACACACUGUUUUAUUUAAUGCCUCACAGGCUGAUAUUCUAUAGGUAUUUUGGUAACUAGAGUUAUUGUGAUAAAGGAGCAGUCAGCUGUGUGUCAUAAUUCAAAAUAUAUUACUGUCUUUUAAAUAUGAAGCAACAUUGAGUGGAUGUCAAGAAUUAAGUUGUGUUUUGUUUCUUCUGACCUGUAUUGGUGUGGAUGUGAUUUAUUACAGUGGAUUGUAUGAAUAUGCUAGUUCUGAAAAGCAAGAGCAAAUGCAGUUCCAUUAGGUGGUGAUGACAAGCUCUACCAUGACUACAAGAAUGGUUGUUUUAAUUAAAUAAAGUCUAGAUGUAAAUACAUAUGUAUAAAUUAAUAAAACAAAAUUUAAAAUUUCUAUUAUAUACUUAGUUCCACCUGAAGGGGAACAUGUAACACUACAAAUGUUGCAAUUCAGAAGUAUAAGACCCACAGUAAGCAAAAUGUUUGUUUCCAUCCUAUAUAUCAAAACAUACUUUGUUUUGUACAUUUGAUUAAGAAUAGUAUUGAGUGGUUAAACAUUCAAGCCACAAUUCAAUGCAGAGCUAAGCCAGUUGAUUUCAAUGGACAACCAUGCCUAGCAGUAUGCUGGAUUGUGACCUUGGACUACAAUUCUGCACACUGUUAAAUGCACACACAUCCCAUUCACUCCAGUGCAAUUUGUGUACACAGAACUGUGCAGAGGACAGUAGUCGCACACCCUUUCCAAAGAUCCAUGUGCACUCAGGUGCAUAUACAAGGGUCUUCAUUUAUUGGCUUUAUCCACAGAGAUGAAUGGGGAAGCCAGAAUGGGCAGGCAGCCUUUGUGUGCACAUUGCUACGGUUGCUGUUGGAACUUACUGAAGGAGCAGAACAGUGAGUUGUAGCAGGAUGCUAGGGGCAGGCUUUUGUCUCUAAAUGGCAAUGGGAAGAGUGGAUUUAUUAAUAUGGGUAUCUGCCAAGGACCUCUUACAGUUUGUUUCCUGUUGAAUUCAAAUUGGCUCAUUGCUGCUGGCAUUUAAACUUGAUCAGAUAGGCUUACAUUAGAAUCAACCGUGAGAAAGCGAAUGUGGCAGAAGUAUUAAUUAGCUCUUGAAAGAUCAUUUUGGAUUCUGAGAGUGUAUAAUUGUGAGAUUCGUUCAUGCUAUAAUGAAAGGGAGUGAGAACUUAGUUACUGAAUAAUAAUUGGCACCUCAAUUCUGAAUGCAUUUAUUUGGAGGAAAUAAAUCCUAUUAAUGUCAAUGGAAUCUACUUCCACAUAAAUUUAGUUAGAAUGACAGCUUAACGCUCUUUUGUUCCUAAGCUCUCUUAUUCUGUAGAACAAAUCCUAUGAAAUUCCUUCAUAAUAGGUAGUUGUGAUCUAUUGACAUUAGGGCUUUUAGACUUGUUUUCUGAUGAACAGCUCUCCACCCCAGCUGUUACUGCAUCAGAAGCUGUUUUUGAAUCGCAGAAUAGUUUUAUAAGCAGCUUCUGAUGAGGCAUGAAGAACUGCUCUUCAGAAAUGCAUGUAAAUUGUCUCUGUGUGUAUUCCACUGUACUGCUUCAGAUAAUGACCCCCGUAUUUCCGAGGCAAGGUAAGAAAGGUAUGCAAAGCUUUGAUCUUUUAUUUCCUAAACAUUCAGGUAUUCAGUUGAUUUCAAAUCAUCAAGACCUAAAAGUGAAAGUGAGACCCCUGUGGAAGUGCUGGGAUCCUGGAACAUAAUCAACCACUCUGCUAUGCUAAUGCAAGCCCUUGACAGUUUAGGCAGCCGAGUCCAGCAAAUCUCAGGCAUAUUAAGAAGCUGGGACACUGUGCAGCUGUGCCGCAAAACACUGAGGCUUGUACAACUAGUCCUAGUAGUCCCUAUGGCUCCCAGUCAGGCCUGCACCAGGUUGUGGGAGGAACAAGAUUUUGCAAGCUCCCAGGCCAGAACCCUCUGCAUCUGCUCAGAAGAGCCAAACAGCCAUUGCACAUGGCUAUUUCAUUACUGUUGCAAUAUUCUUUCUCUCGGAUGCCUGGGUAUUUGAAUUUUAUAGGACUUGGAGCUCAGCUGCCUAUUCCGGCAAUAGACAGGGUUCUUAGAUCAUGCCUUAAUAUUGAAUAAACAAGAUAUGAGUGCAGGAAUACCCCGUUGUAUCCGUGGAAACCACUUUUGCUAAAGCAAGACUAAUUUAGAAGCUUUUUCAGCUUGUAGGCUACAAGCUGAAAAAGCUGCUAAAUUAGUCUUACUUUACAAGACAAGUUGUAGCCUAAUGCUGUGCAUGUUUACUCAGAAGUAAGUCCUACAGAAUUCACUGGGAUUUAUUUCCAAGUAAGCCUCAUUAUAGUUCAUAGUUGCCAUUUUUUAAAAAAAAGUCUGUUAGUUGUGUAUGAAAGACUUUGGCUGAUAUUCUGCGCAGUGUAAUGUGGGCAGUUCUGAACUGCCUGCACUGCUGCAAGAGUCUCAAGCAACACCCACUGUGUUGUGUGGAGCAGGGCUGCUGUGCUACUACUUGAAAUUACAGUUCUGCGAUGCGACAACCAUUGGAAAUAAUGGCCGUAGUGUCACAGAAGUAGCAGUACACCAGCCCUGUUUCACACCACCGUGGGCAUUGUGUUGCACAGGUGGUUUUGAACUACUCAGGUUAUACUGCACAGAAUGUCAGCCCUUAAGUCUUAAGUACAGCGGCAAUAAUUCUCAAAAGAAUUUCAUAGCAAUUAUGUUUGCAGUGGCAAAAAUCUAAGACUCAAGCUGUACCUAUUCAGACACUGUAUUCUUAUUCCAAGAAGCUAAAUUAACUGAAAGCCUGAGUUGCAUUGUAAUAUGUAUUGUAAGGUGUCUGUUUUUAGUUCAUUCACAGUGCUUAAACAGUGACAGCUUAUUUUAGAAAGCUUUUUUUAACAAAUAGAUUCUUUUUAUUUCAAAAUAAAAUGAUAAUAUUGAAAAGAGUAAGUAUCCUUUGCUUGCCUGUUUAAUGAAAUGCACAGUUCUAUAUGUACAAAUUCCCAGAGGCAUCUGGUGGGCCACUGUGUGAAAUAGAAUGCUGGACUAGAUGGGCCUUGGGCCUAAUCCAGCAGGACAGUUCUUAUGUACAUGAAAACCUUGAUUUAUUGCAUAUUUAAAAAAAUUAGCUCUUAUGCUGCCAUUUCCUUCUCCAUUUGCCCUCACCUAUCCUCUGCUAGGUAUGCACCUGCACUUACAUAGAAAAAAUUAAGUUUGAACCAGGCAGUAUGUAGAUAAAAUCAGCAAGAAUGGAAUCGGGGUUCUUUCCAGCUGCUAUAACAAGACGAAUCUAUGCUGGCAGUAUCUGUGUGUCUCUCUGGUUCACACAUCAUGCGUUUCCACGAGUGUGCACCAGAGGAUAAUCAAGACUGCUUAUGUAGGGGUGGGUAGGUGUGUGAUUCAGCCCUUAUACAAUUUCCCCACUUCACUGUACAUAAGCACUAUACUAUCAGCUCGAUUUAUCUAAACCACAGCAGCAGCUCUAAACUUGCUGAGGUCUGUUACAAAAUUCUCAUUGACUUCAGAAGAUAAGAUGUUAAUUCCAAUGUUACCAGUUACCAGUAUUUCGUUUUCUGCUUUAAGCAGUGACACAGAUGAACUUUCUGUAGGUGAACAUUUCCCCAGCAUUGACUGCAUAUGGGGAACAGCUUCACCUAUUAAAUUUCUGCUUGGAAAGCUCAGUCAGAAACAUUCCGCACCCUAUCCUGAUCCUAAAAAGAGAUAGAAAUGCCUUCCUGGUAGAAAGCUUCAUUAUCUUUAAUUCUCAAGCAGAAUAUAGAAAUUUCAACAAGUUUCUUUCAUAUAAUUUGGGAUUAUAGUAAGAUGAUGAAUCAUAAAUGCUGUGCUAUACCUUUUAAGAAAUAAUACUUUUCCUUUAAAAAAAAUUAAUAUAUUCCAUAAAGUUUUUGUUUCUUAUGUCAGCACUGUUGUCAUAAUUUUCUUUUUUUCAGAUCCAUUCUUGCUUACUAUUUAGUAGAAAGAGAGAGAGAGAGAGAUUCCUGGCUCUCUAAAACAGUUUUAUAAAAGUUAUGACAGGGAGUUUCCCUCUAGCUUUUUAUUCAGUACCUUUUUAAAAAGCCCUAAAAGUGUUUAUUUUGGUGGACAUUGAAUAAAUAUGCUUCCACUUAUGAAAGAUUAAUAUAUGUUUUUAAAGUUAUAAAUUAUGAAAGAUGUUGCUUAUUAUAUACACUAAAUCUUGUUCAAAUAUAUUUAGUUUGACCAUAAUAAAAAUAAAAUAAAAACUUGAUUUGUUAUGAUCAUGUUUGAUUUUGCAGUUGUGUGUUGCAAAUACCAAAAUGUUCUUGGUUAUAAAGAAAGAGGCUUUGGGGUUUUUUUUGUUUGACUCUAUAUUUUUUAUCAAAGUUUAGAUCUCUCAGGUCUCAAAACCUGAGGGUUUGAGAAAAACAUGAGAAAAAUAUGCAGGUUUAAAAAAUAUAUAUUUUAGUACUUUUAAUCUUUAUUUGGGUAUGUUAAUUAACUGGAUAACAUUUAUUCUUGUUCCAAAUAGUCCAUUAUAAAUGGGGAUUUCAUGCCAGCACAAUGAAAAGUGGCCAUUGAAAUUAAAGGGAUUUUUUUCAAGCUUAUGAAAUAACUGGAGUACUGUUCGAGCAAAAUUUCAACAUACAUCUGCAUAUGUAUAUUUAACACUGAAAUCAACGAAAACUGUUUCUCAUUUUUUUUAAGUGCUUUGCUGAACUGUAUCUACAGAUAAACCUUUCUAAAGUGCUAAGAAAUUACUCUGGAAAAACUUUAAGGGACUAUUUCUCCAAAAUGGCUAUAUAAAUAGCUAGCAUUUAGAUAUCAAACAUGCCAAGGAACUUGGCAUAGCUUUUUAUCUCAUUUAGAAAAACACAGCUGAUAGGAAAGGGUAAAAAUAGUUUUGGAGAAUAGCCUUUUUAAUAAAUAGCCUAAUGAAUAGCCUAAUUUUUAUUGUGUAGGAGCAACUAUUGGCUGCAGCCAACAAGCUGUUUGCUUGAAAUUAGCCCCAAGUAGUUCAAUGGGAGAAUUCAAAGUAUUCAGUGGUUGGGAUCACACAAUUGCUGCUAAAGCCGGGAAUCGAAGGUUCUUGAUGGGCAUGUCUUGUGAAGCCACCAACUGCUGGUUCCCACACUGCAUUACCAAGCUUCUCCUGACUCUGCCCAACUUCAAAUCUAAGUUACAGAAUUCAAGAGUAGCUUGGUAACAUGGCACAGGAACUGACAACAGCAUCGCACAACAUGCACACCAGGAACAUGGAUUAAAUCUUUAUACUACCCCCCAGUGAGUACAUAAUGGAGACUUUCCCUUUUUUUUUACUCUGGUAUUUACCACUGUUCUGCAUUUCUACUGCUUCCACCUGUGUUUCAGGUAAUCACAAUUCCAUGUUUUCAAGCAGAAACCAUAGAUUUCCAAGCCUCUGAUGCUACUUGUCUCCUGUAGUACUGUGCAAGAACUGAUUAUGGAUGCAGCAUAUUUUUUUUAGUAAUUUCCAUGAAUCCAAGACUCUCACUGAGCCUAGGAAAAUGCAAAUAAAUCCCACUUGCCAAUAAUGUUUGUUAUUCCAAACUGAGAACUAGUAGCUCUGAGUUCAAAUAGCAUAAUGUUAGCUGUGUUAUCAGUUAAGGCUUGGAUUUGACCAUAAGCUCCUUUUUUAGUAUUUUCCCCCCUGCAUUUUCAUUUCAUGCAUGAAAAGAACAGAACCCGCUUCUUAAGAAUGGAGGCAGAUUAUGGUUUUCUUUUUUGUUUUUAAACAGUUGAAAGUGGUGUGAUAAAGGCAUUGCCCUUAGAUAUACACUCCCACGGUAAUCUCUUGUUAAAUAUUUAAGUGUUGCCUAUGGAUUCUAUAGUGUUGCACAAACCCACAUCAAUGCCUCUGUCAUACCUUCUUCAGUACUCUGAAAACUUAUUGACUAGGUCCAAACAUAAAUUUUUAUGUACUACGCUUAUAUCCCAUCUUUCUUCCAUUAUGCAAGAAGACUCAGACCUGCUUAGCUUCAACAAGGUGGCUAUAAUAACGUGCUCCAAGGACAUUCCAUGAUGUGAAACUGGUUUCUGCUAACCAUAGUCAAGAACCUGCACUAUGGCUUGAGCUUCCAGACAUGCAACCAUGAUAUGAGUGGCUUGUCUGCUCAGACAAAAUCAUCUGGCCUCAACUUCAGAAGUUCACUUCCAUCUCCAUGAUACAUCAAUUUCUUGAGGUGGAGCUCCUUCUGUUUUCAUGGUGCAGCAGCCUUUUGAAGCAGAGCAAUGGACCUAAAUGUGGCUUCUCAAUAGUUUGUCACUUCAAAUAUAAUGGGAAACCACAGUUAGCACAAACUGUAGUUUACAAACCAGUUUCAAACUGGUUUUUGAUUCUUGGUUUGUAAGCCCCAAAUAAACCACAGUUUAUGGGUAAGCCUGGUUCAGAUAUAUAACAUGAAACCAUGGUAUAGCUAAACAAAUAAUGGGUUUGUGUCAUAGCCAUUGUGUCUUUCCAACCUUACCGCUUCCAGUCACAGACCAGUUGCAAGAGUGUUCAGUAGUAUUGUUUACAUUUUCUUGCCUGAAUAUUAGCAUAACAUCAAAGCAUGUUACUUUUAUUUCUCCUGAAAUGGUUAUUAGUCUAUCAGUGUUGAAACGGUGUAUAGAGCUAAAACAUACUCUAAUGUUCUGGGCUUUUAAAAUGUCAUUUGUUUGUACCUAAAAUAAUGUGUAUGGCUUUACUCCCCCCCCCCAAUAAAGAAACACUGGGCAGCAUCCAGGACAGGCUAAUCCUCCAUCAGUGGAAACACCUUCCAUGAAUAGAAGAUGGUUUUACUGAUGGCGUAUUUGGCUGGAUGCUGUCCACUACCAGAUGAGUGCUCCUUAAGCAUCUUAAUUAUGUUACCACUUCAUGUGACAAAAAAGUGUCCUCCAAAAUACAACCUUCCCAUGCUGAUAACACUUGUUUAAAAAUAAGACCCAUUGAUUUAACUAGAACUACUAAAUAUUUAUGCUUAUAAUUGCAGCUUUAGCACUUAUGUGGAAGGUAAUUAAAAUCCUCGAUGUGAAGAUUUACUUUUUUUAAAAAACGGUUCUUGAAUCUAAUGUGUGGAUUAGCAUCACAGUUUUGUGUGUGCGUGUGUGUGUUUAAUUUGGUGGCACUGAGAUGAUUACAUAAAAGAGCUAGCUUCUUUUCUGGUGUCUUUGAACUAGUUGUCAUUCUCUCCCUGGAGUCAAAGGUCAAAUCUAAACUACUUGGGGAAAAUAUGUUUGACAAGGAAGUUAACAAAACUGGACUUAAGGCCUAACCUCCUUGAUACUAUUCCUUUUAAAAGAAACCCGAACAAUGGAAUCUACUUUUCAUCUGGGGUAGCCAUUACCAAUAUACAAUGAAGACUAUUGAAGUUGCUUCUGGUUUUAAAGUAAAGGUAUAUAAAAGAGAAAUUCAAAGUGUCUUUAAAAAAAAAAAUUCUGUAUAUCUUGUAUGCAUUAUAUACUGAUUUACUACAUCUGUGUUGAAUUAAGUAGGAAUCCAAUUAACUUUGUUAGGAUUAACAAUUCCUAGUUUCAAAAUUCUUCUUUUAAUGUAAUGUUGCUGCUUUGUAUUACUUUUCUACUGUAUGUUUUCUUUACCUAGAUCUUUAUUAAGAAAACUUGGAGUAAAAUAAACUUGUUUCUUUUAACUGA